AUGUCAAAAAUUUUCAAUUUAAAACAACUUGCCAAUAUUUUUAAAGUUAAAGAAUCACAAUUAUCUGCCAAUGUAGCAUCUCAAAGAAUGCAAAUUUUUUUAAAGGAACAAAGAGGAGCAAGAAGUAUUAAAGACGAUAAUAUAAGUAAAAUAAAAAGUGAAGUUUUAGAAGUUGUUGCUAAAUAUUGGCAAGUAAGCAUAAAUGAUGUUUCAUUUUCAAUCAAAAAGAGUACCGAAGAAGAUAAAUUAGAUUUAGAUAUUUUUGAAAUGCAAAUUACAAUGCCAAAGAACGAUCAAGCAUCACCCUCAAAUAAAUUUUAA